AUAACCCCUCAAAACAGUUUAUAUUCAUAGAUGAGUUGCAUGAUUUGUCACAUUCUGUCACGUGCAUAAAAAGUUCCAAAAACUUAAUAUAAAGAAAGUGAUAUCAUCAAAUAACAUGCCAAUCAAAAGAAUUAACAACAGAAAAGUACAAAGAAAAACAUAUCCCAAGAAACUCUUGUACUCAAAUUGGGAGACUAGAAAUGAUUCUUCAAAUGUCAACGCCGUACUACAUCCUGAUCUAGAAACGCCCAGGAAAUUCAUUCACCAAGUUCCCACCAAGCCUGUUCAAGAAAGUAAAGGAGUAUACAGAAAAUGUUGCCUUGGUACCAAUACUUGCUACUGCAGGGAAAAACCAAUAAGACCACGUUUACUAAACAAACCCAAUAAAUGCCUUUCAUUGGAAGCAUUACAACGAAAACUAACUGAUGACAAUCUAUCCAGGACAUCCCUUCGGUGUCUGUGUGAAGUUGUAGAUGAUGGGGCUUCAACAAGCAAUGUUAAUGUGACGGAUUCAGAUUUGAUAAAGAAAUACAAAGAAGAGCUUGAAAAAAACAGUACUUCUUUGCACAUUACCAAGCAGAGAGAAGAUUACAAUUUGUUCAGAAUCGAACAAAAUGAGAAGUACUUGGAUGACGUAGAGAGGUAUGACCUUGAGAACGAAAGUGCAAGAUAUGGAUUGGAGGAGAAAGAUAGAUACCAAGAAGAUAUUUUGUAUAACAAAAAUAGAGAUAGAGGAUAUAUAUCUGGGGAAAUGAAUGACAUCGACAGAGAUGUUUUGGAAGAAGACCGAAGUGAAGAUAGAGGAUAUAUAGAAGAAACAUACAAAGAGAAACCUACAAAUGGGUUUGCGAAAAAGAAGAAAACGUAUGGAUCUGGAAAAGAAGAAGAAGAAGAAUCAGUUUCAACAUUAUUGGGAACGAGGCAGGUCGAUUCCAAACUUGGAUCUAGUGGAUUCCUAACAGAAGGGUUAAAUAUUGAUGAACUUCGGAAGUUCAGGGACGAUCACUAUUUUGAAACACACGCAGUAGACUUUUCUGAAGCAGAAGUUCCGAAACAUACCUGUAUACAUCAGUUCAAACUGGAUAACAGACUGUUCCCUACUCCCAUAAAUGCUGAUUCCUAUGGAAGAAGCAGGUGUUACAUAUGUCACAAACCCAUGGAAGGGGACACUGUACAACUAUCCAAAUCUUACUUCAGUGAAAAACCCACUACGGCGAGUUUGAAGAAUUUCUCGAAAUGCAACAAGAUGGGUCUAGUGCCACGAGUUAUCAACAUUGGUGGAGAAAGAUCUAAGAUUGAACUGAAACUGAGCGAGAAAAAUAUUCAUCAGUUCGGACUGUUUGUGAGCAAAUAUAAAAGGCCUCAGUAUACAAAUACGUUUGCUCUGCGACAACAAAAAAUGGCGUGCUGAUUCCUGUAGAUCGCGGAAGAAGAAGAAGUUAUUGAUUUUGUUCCUUAUGUUUUUAUUGACCAAAAUAUACUCGUUUAUAUUUUG